UUUUUUUCUUUUUCUAUUUGUUGUUUUUUUUUUUGCAGUUAGAAUUUUGUAACAUUUUAGUUUGUGCGCGGAUGAAAGUGAAUAUUGAUAUUAGCGCAAUUUAAGUUAAUUUGUAAUAAUAAUAAUAAUAAUAAUAAUAAUAAUAAUAAUAAAGUAGUCAUCCUCUCGAUAGAGAUGUCUUGAAGCGAUUGCAUUCCGAAUCCAACGCUUUUCGACCUUGAAACUGUUUAGAGGCACUUACCUGACUUUACCUUGCACUUAACAGGAUUGACAAUGUGAGAAAUGCGCAAAACAUUUAUUUUUCCCUUUUUGUCAAAUUAUCUUUAAAAAAGAAACACUUAACUUGAAGACGCUAGACACAUGACCAAGUGGAUAAUGAACGGUGGAUCAGAGAGCACCACUUCCUCUGAUUCCAAUUUUGUGACACGCAUUUGUUUCUAAGUAGUCUAAAGUUUAACUCCACCGUGUUUUGCGAAAUGCCAGCCAGUUGGAAAUCAUUUACAACAGUUCGCGUACGUUAGAGUGGGUCGCGUGACCAAGUGCGUUAACAUCUCAAAAUUCUUAACUUUUGGUUUUAAGUGCUUCAGUCUUCUCUUUUCUCGACUGAGCGGUAUCACAUGCUUGCCACGUUAGAAAAGAAAACGCAUGAUCUUUUUCUGUUAAAAGCCAACAGGAAACGUGAGCAGAUGGUAAAAAGUGCACGUGGACAGUUUUUGUUUUGAUCUUGAGGCUUUUGUCUUUCUCGUGACUCGAUUCACUACUGUGACUCCGCUGUUGUGGAGAACGUCAUCCGCGAUAAUCGUUCUUAAUUACAUGGUCUAAAUCUGUCUACUUCUAGACUUACUUUCUGAAUCUGUUCAGUACAAGUUCUAGACAUACAAAAGUGCGACUCCGUUAUAAGUUAAGUUACAAGUUUUUUUCCCGUUCUGUAGGGGCGAUACAAAUUGUAAGUUUGCUACGAGCUCAUUAGAUCAACGAUGUUUACUUGAAACAGGAUGAAUCAUUGAGUCAAAGUAAAUCAUGGCGUCAUCGGAAUCUCCUGAAAAUCUCCUUGUGGGCUAUGACGACCGAGAUAGCGAGCCCGACGAGGAAAGUCUCGAAGAAAACCCGAUUUCUCUAAAACGUUCUUUGGGAAUUCCAGGUGGAAUUGCUUUUCUCAUCGGCACGAUCAUCGGCUCAGGUAUCUUUGCGACACCGAAAUGGGUGCUGUUUUACACCGGUUCAGUUGGAAUGUCCCUCGUGAUGUGGGCUUUCUGCGGGGUGAUUUCUCUAUUUGGAGCACUCUGCUACUGCGAGUUAGGAACUUUAAUCCCAAAAUCGGGCGGCGAGUACCAAUAUCUGCUGAAGGCUUAUGGACCUCUUCCAGCUUUCAUGUACUCGUGGAUGCUCGUGUUGUUUAUGAGGCCGGCGAGUCAGAUCAUGGUCCUCUUAGUGUUUGGUGCCUACACCGUAGAGGCAUUUUCGCCGGGUUGUAGAAGUCGAGAAGAGUUUGUUCCGCUCAUUAAGUUACUAGCAGCUGCAGCCUUAGGCGUUAUCACCUUCGUCAACUGCGCAAGCGUGAAGUGGGCCACUCGAAUUCAGAUUUUUUUCACUGGGGCCAAGAUGAUCGCCAUUUUUAUGGUGGUAUUCACAGGAAUUGUUCGCUUAGCACAAGGCUAUACUGAUGCCUUUGAAAACGCAUUUAACGGAACUAGUCCAGAGAUAGGGAAAUUUGCGUUCGCUUUUUACAAUGGACUCUUCUCCUACGAUGGGUGGAACCAGCUGAAUUAUGUUACAGAGGAAAUAAAGAAUCCUAAUAGGAAUCUCCCGCUCACCAUUUUCAUUGGUAUGCCUCUUGUGACAGCGUCCUACUUGUUGGUGGUCACUGGAUACCUUACGGUGCUUACACCACAUGAAUUUCUAACUACUGAUGCAGUUGCUGUGACCCUAGCAAACCGGUUAUACGGAGUCAUGGCUUGGAGUAUCCCGAUACUUGUCGCUUGUUCUACGUUUGGUGCAGCCAAUGGCGGUGCCUUCUCAGGAGGGAGAGUGGCUUUCGCUGCCGCAAGAGAAGGUCAUCUUCCUCGCUUUCUCGCCAUGAUUCAUACCAAAACAAGAACCCCUCUUCCUGGGCUGAUAUUCUCUAGUGUCAUUUCAUGUGUGAUGAUUAUACCUGACUCCUCGUCCUUUGAAGUGUUGUUAAACUAUAUGGGAUUUUUCACCUGGUUCGGUUUUUUACUUUCAAUCUAAAGUAUCAUUUGGCUGAGGUACAAAGAACCUGAGGUCAGGCGACCAUUCAAGGUAUGGUUAGGAAUUCCCAUAUUCAUGGUUGUGGUUUCAGCAUACCUAGUAAUUGCGCCCUUUUAUGCGGCACCGUUACAAUCAUUUUAUUGUAUCCUGUUUGUUUUUGCUGCAAUUCCAUUUUACUUGGUGUUUGUUCGAUAUAAAGUGGUUCCACGGCAUUUCCUUCUCUUUGUUGAUCGUAUAACUUAUAAGCUACAAGCAAUCUGUGACGUGGCGCUUCCUGUGGAGGAAAGAGACAUUGAAGAAUCCACGUCACUUAUAAGCCAAAUGUCUGACUAGAAACAUAUCAAUCAAAGAAAAGGAGGAAAGUUUCCUUGUAAUUAGAUCUAAAAUUGACGGAAAGGAGAAACUAAGAAGUUGUUACCUUGGUCUAACACAUAAUUCUCGAAACUAGUUUACAGAGAAGAGUGUAGAGGGGAAAAUUAACAAUCAGAUCUUGGGAGUUAUAGCGUUAAAUACUUGUUGGAAAUUGGACACAAACAGAAAAAAAAAAAAAAUCAAACAAAUAAAAUAACUUCAGAAUUUUCAUUUUCAACAGAAUUUUAAAAGAUUCAGCACAAAACAUGGUAUAAAUACCCCAAAACAAAAUCAAUAACAA